AUGCAUGUCUUUGACGUCUACUGUCUCCUCUCUACUGUCUCUGUGCUGCAGCUCUUCCUGGUCAUGAUGUCUCCUCAGCCGGUCCAGCGGCUCCUGACUCCCGGCCAGCUCCAAGCUCUGCUCCAUCAGCAGCAGCGAGCGCUCCUCCUCCAGCAGCAACAUCUGAAAGCGUUUUACAAGAAACAGCAGGAGCAGCUCAACAUACAGCUGCUGCAGCACCACCCUGACAAGGCCAAAGAGCAGCUGGUGUUCCAGCAGCUUCUUCAGCUCCACCAGCAGCUGUUGAGGGUGCAGAGACCACUGCUGUGCCCUCCCACGCCCUCUGCAGCCCCCUGCAGCCCUGCAGACAUCCAGCAGAUAUGGAAAGACUUGACCAACGGACCGACGGAGCAAAAAGGCACCAAGACGGACAGUUUGGAACCGGCUACCGUUCCGUCCUCUGCCGGCGUGGUGGCGGAGGAGGUGUCGAGGGGGCCGGCCAGGAGUCUCCAGACUCCUCCUCACAACACAGAGACCGCUGUUAACGCGGAUCGCUCCGCCACACACACUCUGUACAGUCACGGUGUGUGUAACUGGCCCGGCUGUGAGUCCGUCUGUGAAAACAUCAGUCGCUUCAUCAAGCAUUUGGGAAGUCAGCACAGUUUGGAUGACCGCAGCACAGCGCAGUGCAGAGUCCAGAUGCAGGUGGUGCAGCAGCUUGACCGUCAGCUUUUGAAAGAACGGGAACGUCUGAACGCCAUGAUGGCUCAUCUGCACCUCCCGCCUUUGGAGCUUCAAUCGCUGCACGCGCGGCCUCCCCUCUCCGCCGCCGCUGACCCGUGCAGUCAACAGUGGACCGGCUCCUUGUGUUCCUCUCAGCUCAGCGACACUGUGUCCAAGAGCCGGCCACCCCCAGGAGCCCCGACGCCCCCGGCCCCGGUCAGCCCCUCACCACAGGGCUCCAGAGGACAAGUAUCCCCCGGCCAGACUUCCUGUUCCACAGCCAUCAGACAACACCACCACAUCCCGCUGUCUUCCCUGACCUCAGACGGUGAAUAUGAGCUCUACAGGAACACCGACAUCAGACCACCGUUCACCUAUGCAGCGCUCAUAAGACAGGCUAUAGUAGAAGCGAGAGACAGACAGUUAACACUCAACGAGAUCUACAGCUGGUUUACAACAUUCGCUUACUUCAAACGAAACGCCGCCACGUGGAAGAAUGCCGUGCGCCACAACCUGAGCCUGCACAAGUGCUUUGUGCGGGUGGAGAACGUGAAAGGCGCCGUGUGGACAGUGAACGAGGAGGAAUACCAGAGGAGGAGGUCACAGAAGGUCAGCGGGUUCGUAUCUCAGAGGAUGAAGAACGUGGCGUCCGGCCCGGCCCUCGGUGGCGCUCUGCGUAGCGGCAUGCAGGGGGCGCUUGGAUCCAACAUGGCCGUCACAGACAGGAACCUGUCAGUCCAUCCAGACUCCGACAUCCACAGAAGCCCCGACGCGUCUGCACAGCCUCCGCGGUCUUUCCUUCUUAAAGAGGAGGCGUUGGCUUUAGAAGACCAGGCAACUCUGACGUAUGUGGUGAUGAAGCCGGCCGGCCUGCGGCAGGGCACCAACGAGGAACUUUCUGACCUCCAGUGACUCCUGACACGAGGGAUCAAAUGACGGGUCAGAAAGAGAUGUGAAGAAUUUGGCCUCACUCGCCGUCAAGGACGCCCGCGGUGGUGGCAGCAGACCUCUCAGACAGCAGAGGGACCUACUUUUCGGCGGCGGCUGCAGACUGUGUGUGUUGUGUGUUCAUCCAGCGUGCGCAUAGCGCCGCCCGCUGAUCACUCAAGUCAAGUCAAUGUUAUUUGUA